UGCGUGGGCGUGUUGGGGCUGUGUGCAGGGCCAGCACGGAGCCGGAGCAGCCGCGGUGAAGCUCCUCGGCUCCGCCGAGACCUCCGUGUCCGCUCCUCGCCUUGGCCGCCGCCGUUUCAAGCCGUCGCGGUCGUCGCCGCCGCUGCCCCCGGAGGAGCGGCCGCCUAUUGUCUUUCUCCGCGGCGAAGGUGCGGAGCUGCUCUGACUCGGCCCGCGGGGGAGCCCCGGGCGCCUCACGUGUCCUGGGUCAUGAAACUUAAUCCACAACAAGCUCCGUUAUAUGGUGACUGUGUUGUCACUGUGCUGCUCGCUGAAGAGGACAAAGUUGAGGAUGAUGUAGUCUUUUACUUGGUAUUUUCGGGUUCCACCCUCCAUCACUGUACAAGUACGCGGAAGGUCAGUUCUGAUACCCUGGAGACCAUUGCUCCUGGUCAUGACUGCUGCGAGACAGUGAAGGUGCUGCUCUGUGCUUCCAAAGAGGGCCUCCCCGUGUUUGUGGUGGCCGAAGAAGACUUCCAGUUCAUCCAGGACGAGGCCUACGAUGCAGCCCAAUUCCUGGCAACCAGUGCUGGAAAUCAGCAGGCUCUGAACUUCACCCGCUUUCUUGAUCGGUCAGGACCACCGUCUACUGAUGUGAAUUCCCUUGAUGAGAAGGUGGCCCUGGCAUUCAGGCACCUGAAGCUGCCGGCAGAGUGGAAUGUGUUGGGGACAGAUCCGAUGUCACGUGAUGGCGGCCCCCGGGAAACAUUGAUGCACUUUGCUGUGCGGCUGGGACUGCUGCGGUUGACAUGGUUCCUGUUGCAGAAGCCAGGUGGCCGCGGAGCUCUGAGCAUCCACAACCAGGAAGGAGCGACACCUGUGAGCUUGGCCUUGGAGCGAGGUUAUCACAAGCUGCACCAGCUUCUAACCGAGGAGAAUGCUGGAGAACCAGACUCCUGGAGCAGUUUAUCGUAUGAAAUCCCUUACGGAGACUGUUCUGUGAGACAUCACCGAGAGCUGGACAUCUAUACAUUAACCUCCGAGUCCGACUCACACCAGGAGCCCCGACCUCCUGGAGACAGUUGCACUGGACAUAUUUUUAAACUUAUGAACAUCCAACAGCAGCUAAUGAAAACAAACCUCAAGCAGAUGGACAAUCUUAUGCCCUCAGUGUUGGCAGCACGGGAAGCUUCCAGUCUGCCCAGCCUCCAUGAUGCAGAUGGUCGGUUUCCUCCCUGUGCAUCAGAGCCCACAGUCAGCCAGCAGUUUGCUUCUCCUCCUGAAGAUGCUGAGAGCUCUCAGUGCUGCCAUGGGAGCACUGUGGGGCAGGCUGAAAGUUCCUAUGACAUGUCAAGUGUGGUUAAGGAAGAGAAUACAGACUGUUUCUGUGGGAAGGAAAAUACAGACCUGGAGAAGGACGAAGAGGUGGAGCCAGCACCUACUGCGGACUCUGAGGCUCUGUCUCAUCCUGACAGCUGCCCUCAGAGCACACCUGAUUGCAGAGGAAAGGGCACAGAAGGCCUUCCAUCCUGUGGAAUCACAAGUGAAGAAACUGGAACAAAAUCUUCUGCCGCGGCCACAGACCAGGAGUCUCCGGGCAGUGGAGGCAGUGUCCUGCAGGGAGGUGUGGUCACGGAGCCCGGCACCACCCAGCCUCCCGCUGAAGGCGGACUGGUGGUCAGUUCCACAAUAGGUGCCAGUGUCUCGGAGGUUGUAGGGGAAACGGAGGGUGGUCUCAUGAACCAAGACUCCACCAUCCAGAGGAACAAGCUUGAAGUAGGGGAGAGUACCAAGGAGAGAUUUGAGGAUUCCAGUGUCUGCACAGCUGGAGCCUCUGACAUAAAAGUCACAGACGAGCCUGUGGAUAAAGCCAGUGUUCCAGACGACGCCUCUGCCACUGGCUCCCUGGAUACUGACAAGCCUGCAGAGUCUUUACUUGCAGUCAGUCACGGAGAAGCCCCCACUGAAAAAACUGCAGAAACGGAAACUCGUAGAUGUAGUGAAGAGAGUGCUGAUGCUCCCAGAGCCCAGAACUCUCAGGUAGUUCCAACUGCUGCAGAAGACAGGAAUUCAGAAGGGUUAGAACCUCACACUCCCUUAGCGAGUGUGUGUGUGGCGGUGUCACCCUCUGAUCUAACCUUUCCCAGGCCACAGACAGAUGUUAUGCCAAAUCAGACAUCAGAAACGGAUUCAUCUCAUGUUCAAAGCCAAAACAGCAAACCACCCAUCUGUUCGACAACUGGAGAUGAUCAACUUUGUGCUGCCUCUGCCUGUCAGCAGAACACGAUGACUUCUAGUGGAGUGUUGGCUGCAAAACCCAGUGAUGACAUAGUGACCCAGCCUGAAAGUAGCACCACAGGACUACUCACCACACAACACCCGCCCACUGUCAUCUGCCCGGAAGGCCCACAGACUGACACAGCCCCCCUUGACCCAACUAGAGAGACCCAGGAACAUGUGGCUUUUUGUCCUCUCAAAGUUGCAGAUACAGAAAGCCAAGGAAAAGAUGUGAAACUAGAAUCAUCUCUAAUAGACAUGUUUGAGGGGCUUCCACAUCCGCAUGCAGUUGUCCCCGGAGCUGAGAGAGAAUGGGUAUCAGACCAGGCAGUAACAUCAGGCAGGACUUUCUCUCUGGCAAGCAGUCCCGGCAGUGAAUCAGUAACCAAAGAUGACGCACUUUCUCUUGUCCCCUCCCAGAAUGAAAAGGGAACAGCAACUCUUGAACCACACACAGAUUGUAGAGAUGGCCCAGACAGACAUUCGAAUGAUCCAGAGAAGCAGCCACGAGAAGACGGUGCAGCAGACCUGUGCGUACCCUCCUCUGCUCUAGAUCUUCAGCCCGACAUGGGAAACACCAGCCCCGGAGGACUUGGUGGGGAGCAUGAGAGUCCCUGCCUCCCAGCUUCCCCUGAAGUCCUGGAAAUUGAAGGGGGCACUGACUCUUCCCUGCUACAUGUGGGUGAGGCCACUUUGGCGUCUGAUUCUGUUUUGAUUGAAGAAGAAAACCAGGUGGUUCCAGAAAGCCCUGCAGCUCAGGGCCCAGAUGACAAGGAUAAAGCAGUGAGCUGUUCCUCCAUCAGGGAAGACACUCUUUGUUCAGGAACGUUGCAGGAAGAGCAGAGAACACCACCUCCUGGACAAGAGCCCCCAGGAUUUGGUGAAGAACCUAGCUCAGCUGUCUGUGCUGAGGACAGAGUGCUUCGGCACGGUAAUUCACUGGGCACACCCUUGGCCUGUCUUAACGCAGAAACUAAACAUAACAAGGAAGUGGCCCCACCAGUCUCACUGCUGACUGAAGGUGGGGCUGCACAGAGCCUGGUGCCACCAGGAGCAAGUCCAGCUGCAGAUGCAAGCCAGGAAGCCUUGGGUGCAGAGCAGAGCAGCUCACCACUGUUACCAGAUGGGUCUGAGGCUCUUAACUGCAGUCAACCUUCUGCUCUGGAUGUUGGAGUGGAAAACACUCAGCCCCAGGGCAAGACCCCUGCUUGUGAGGUGAGUGGAAAUGUGGUAUUGGAUGGUGCCGUGGUCCAGGGCACGGUUGGAGCCAGAAGAGAGGAUACAUCACACAACACCCAUGACGUCCCGAUUCCACAGGUGUCGCUGGGCCAGGAGAAGAGUAUGAUCCUGGGAGCUUUACCAGAUAAAGCUGUGACUGACCUCCAGGGCGCCGCAACCCCAGAGGUGGCGUCUCUUGGUCAGCAGGAGGGGAAGCUGGCUGGAGUGGACAGCAACUGCAGUGUGGGUGACUCCAAGGGGGCACAGAUGAGAGAGGAGGCACACCCUGUCCCGCUGCAGCCCAGUGUGGCAGACCUCCCCACAGAACUCCAGCUCUCGGGCCAUGGUGACGAGGUCCCAGGCAGGGAGAAGGGCGCUGCCCCCCUGCCCUGCACUCUCUCUGCCAAAGCUGCGCAUCUGCCUGAGAGAGCAGACUCGAUCGAGGCAGCUGCGAGUCGCAUAGUGGAUGCUGUCAUAGCACGAGUCAAGGCCUCGGGAGCGCUGAUGACGGAGGGGAAAAUCAGUCACAUGUCACUGCCCAGUCCUUCCGAGUCGGGCCCAGUGACUGAACAGCUAGAAGGUGCUGCUGCGGGGAAGGCGAGUGCUUUCCUGCCUGUGGGGACCCCACACAUGGGCACUAUUCGUGGAGAAGCCUCUGGGAGCCUUGCAGGAUGCUUUGCUGGAAGGGAGGAGCCAGAGAAGAGUAUUGUGCCUGUCCAGGGACCUCCACCGGCAACAGAAAUGCCAGGCACGAAAGCUGGAGAUGAAGUGGAUUCUCUGAGUGACGCCAGGGAGAGCUCAGUCUCUGAAGAGGUGGGUGCAGGGGACGUAACGUCUACACCUGAGGUGACACCAGGCCCGAAGACCCAGGUGAUAAACCGAGAAAGCUGGUGUACCAUUGAGCCGUGCCCUGAUGCAGCAUCUCUUUUGGCUCCCACGCAGAGCCCAGACUGUGAAAGCUUCCUGGAUGUUGGACUGGGCAGAGAGUGUGCCUCAAAACAAGGUGUACUUAAAAGAGAAUCUGGGAGUGAGUCUGACCUCUUUCACUCACCCGGUGAAGAAGUGGACAGCAUUAUCUUCUCCAAGCCCGAGGAAGAGCAGCUGGCCUGCGAUACCACUGGAUGCAGUUCCUCCACUGAUGACACAGCUUCCUUGGAUCGACAUUCUUCUCAUGGCAGUGAUGUGUCCCUCCCCCAGAUUUCAAAUUUGAACAGGUCCAGAGACCAGCAGUGUCUGGAUGGCUUCUACAGCCACGGGGUGGGAGCCGAGGGUCGGGAGAGUGAGAGUGAGCCUGCUGGCUCAGGUGAAAUGGAAGAGGAGGAGAUGGACAGCAUCACUGAAGUGCCUGCCAACUGCUCUGUCCUGAGGAGCUCUAUGCGCUCCCUGUCCCCUUUCCGGAGGCACAGCUGGGGUCCUGGGAAGAAUGCAGCCAGUGAUGCUGAAAUGAACCACCGGAGUUCAAUGCGAGUUCUUGGGGAUGUCAGGAGGCCUCCCAUUCAUAGGAGAAGUAUGAGCUGGUGUCCCUCUGGUGUGCAAUACUCUGCUGCCCUGAGUGCUGACUUUAAUUACAGAAGUUUCAGCCUAGAAGGCUUGACAGGAGGAGCUGGUGUUGGAAACAAGCCAUCUUCAUCUCUAGAAGUAAACUCUUCAAACACCAAAGAGCUCAGGCACCCUUUUAGUGGUGAGGAAAGGGGUGACUCUUUGAUGUCACUUUCAGAAGAAGAUCUGGAAUCAAGCCAGAGAGAACGUAGACUGUUUGAUCAGCAGACAUGCCACAGAUCUAAACAACAGAGGUUUAAUUACUGUACAUCAGCCAUUUCUUCUCCACUGACAAAAUCCAUCUCAUUAAUGACCAUCAGCCAUCCUGGGUUGGACAAUUCACGACCCUUCCACAACACGAGUGCUAAUCUGACUGGAAGUAUUACAGAAGAGAACUUUAAUUUCCCGCCACAAAGCCCUUCCAAGAAAGAUUUUGAACUGAAGAGUGGAACGAAAGUCAGUCGUACAUUCAGCUACAUCAAGAACAAGAUGUCCAGCAGCAAGAAGAGCAGAGAAAAGGAAAAGGAGAAAGAUAAAAUUAAGGAGAAGGAGAAAGAGUCUAAAGAGAAGGAAAAGGACAAGAAGACUGUCAAUGGGCAUGCUUUCAGUUCCAUCCCUGUGGUGGGUCCCAUCGGCUGCAGCCAGUGCACAAAGCCCUUCACCAACAAAGACGCCUACACUUGUGCAAAUUGCAGUGCUAUGGUCCACAAAGGCUGUAGAGAAAGUCUGGCCUCCUGUGCAAAGGUCAAAAUGAAGCAGCCCAAAGGGAGCCUUCAGGCACAUGACACUUCAUCACUUCCCACAGUCAUUAUGAGAAACAAGUCCUCCCAGCCCAAGGAGCGUCCUCGGUCUGCAGUCCUCCUAGCUGAUGAGACCUCUGCCGCCCCCAUGUUUGCUAAUCGACGGUCCCAGCAGAGUGUCUCGCUCUCCAAAAGCGUCUCCAUACAGAACAUUGCUGGAGUUGGCAAUGAUGAGAACAUAUCAAACACCUGGAAAUUCCUGUCUCAUUCAACAGACUCACUAAAUAAAAUCAGCAAGGUCAAUGAGUCAACAGAGUCCCUCACUGAUGAAGGAGUAGGUACAGACAUGAAUGAAGGACAGCUAAUGGGAGACUUGGAGAUUGAGUCCAAACAGCUGGAGGCAGAGUCCUGGAGUCAAAUAGUGGACAGCAAGUUUCUGAAACAGCAAAAGAAAGACGUGGUCAAACGGCAAGAAGUGAUUUAUGAGCUGAUGCAGACGGAGUUCCACCACCUCCGCACGCUCAAGAUCAUGAGUGACGUGUACAGCCGGGGCAUGAUGACGGACCUGCUCUUUGAGCAGCAGAUGGUGGAGAAGCUGUUCCCCUGCUUGGAUGAGCUGAUCAGUAUCCACAGCCAGUUCUUUCAGAGGAUCCUGGAGCGGAAGAAGGACUCUCUGGUGGACAAAAGCGAAAAGAACUUUCUCAUCAAGAGGAUUGGAGAUGUGCUUGUUCAUCAGUUUUCAGGUGAAAAUGCAGAACGGUUAAAGAAGACGUACGGCAAGUUCUGCGGGCAACACAACCAGUCUGUCAACUACUUCAAAGACCUUUACACCAAGGAUAAGCGUUUUCAGGCCUUCAUGAAGAAGAAGAUGAGCAGUUCCAUCGUCCGGAGGCUUGGAGUCCCCGAGUGCAUAUUGCUUGUAACCCAGCGGAUCACCAAAUACCCAGUUUUGUUCCAAAGGAUAUUGCAGUGUACCAAAGACAGUGCAGUGGAGCAGGAAGACCUAGCUCAGUGCCUGGGCCUGGUGAAGGACGUGAUUGGCGCUGUGAACAGCAAAGUGGCAAGUUACGAGAAGAAAGUCCGUCUCAGUGAGAUCUACACAAAGACAGACAGCAAGUCGAUCAUGAGGAUGAAGAGCGGUCAGAUGUUCGCCAAGGAGGAUCUGAAGCGGAAGAAGCUUGUGCGGGAUGGAAGCGUGUUUCUGAAGAGCGCCACGGGGAGGUUGAAAGAGGUUCAAGCGGUCCUGCUCACUGACAUUUUAGUUUUCCUUCAAGAAAAAGACCAGAAAUACGUCUUUGCAUCAUUGGACCAGAAAUCAACAGUGAUCUCUUUAAAGAAGCUGAUUGUAAGAGAAGUGGCUCAUGAGGAGAAAGGUUUAUUCCUGAUCAGUAUGGGGACAAAAGAUCCGGAGAUGGUGGAAGUCCAUGCCAGCUCCAAAGAGGAGCGCAACAGCUGGAUCCAGAUCAUCCAGGACACGAUCAACACCCUGAACAGAGACGAAGAUGAGGGAAUUCCCAGUGAGAAUGAGGAAGAAAAGAAAAUGCUGGACACCAAAGCCCGGGAGCUGAAAGAACAACUUCAACAAAAGGACCAGCAGAUCCUGCUCCUCCUGGAAGAGAAAGAGAUGAUUUUCCGGGACAUGACUGAGUGCAGCAGCCCCAUGCCAGAGGAUGGCUCCCCAACUCACAGCUCUAGAAUCCUCUUCCGCUCCAACACAGAGGAGGCUCUCAAAGGAGGACCUUUAAUGAAAAGUGCAAUAAAUGAGGUGGAGAUCCUUCAGGGUUUGGUGAGUGGAAGCCUGGGAGGCACACUUGGGCAGGCUGUCAGCAGCCCUGUUGAGCAAGAAGGCGUGGUCGGCCCUGUUUCCUUGCCCCGGAGAGCAGAGACCUUUGGAGGAUUCGACAGCCAUCAGAUGAAUGCUUCCAAAGGAAGUGAGAAGGAAGAGGGCGAGGACGCCCAAGACCUUAGGAGGACAGAAUCGGACAGCGGCCUGAAAAAGGGUGGAAAUGGUAACCUGGUAUUUAUGCUUAAAAGAAACAGUGAGCAGGUCAUCCAGAGCGUCGUCCACCUCCACGAGCUCCUCAGCACUUUGCAGGGGGUGGUGCUGCAGCAGGACAGCUACAUCGAGGACCAGAAGCUGCUGCUGACGGAGAGGGCGCUGACGCGGACGGCCUCCCGGCCCAGCUCCCUCAUCGAGCAGGAGAAGCAGCGCAGCCUGGAGAAGCAGCGCCAGGACCUGGCCAACCUGCAGAGGCAGCAGGCGCAGCACCUGGAGGAGAAGCGGCGGCACGAGCGCGACUUGGAGGCCCGCGAGCGGGUGCUGCAGGAGCGCGAGGCGCGGCUGGCGCUGCGCGAGGACGAGCUGUGGCGCAGCCGCCAGGACCUGGACCGCGACCACGAUGAGCUCCAGCAGAAGAAGACCGCCUACCAGAGCGACCUGGAGCGGCUGCGCGCCGCCCAGAGGCUGCUGGAGCGGGAGCAGGAGCAGCUGAAGCGGGACGCCGAGCGGCUCAGCCAGAGGGACAUGUGCCAGGUUUCCCAUCAACACACCAAGCUGCUGAGAAUCCCAUCUUUCUUACCAAGUCCCGAGGAGACCCCCUUGCCAUCUGCACCCUCGAUACCCAAAUCAGGGUCCUUUGACUCAGAACUCUCAGUGUCCCCAAAAAGGAACAGCAUCUCUCGGACACACAAAGAAAAAGGGCCUUUUCACAUACUGAGUUCUACUGGCCAGACAAACAAAGUACCAGAGGGUCAGAGCCAGACCGCAGCAUCCACCUCCACCUCCAUGUCCACCUCCACCCGCCUGUUUGGGUUAGCUAAGCCAAAGGAAAAGAAGGAGAAAAAAAAGAAGAACAAAGGAGGCCGCUCCCAGCCUGGUGAUGGCCCUGCAUCGGAAGUACCCACAGAGGGAGAAGAGAUCUUCUGCUGACCGCGCUCCUCUGCUGAGGCAGUCGCCUCCUGUCCCGGCCAGCGGUGACAGCCCCACCUCCUGCUGUUCUGUGUGCACACUCCUAUCCUGAUGCCCUGCUCUGCCCUAGGUCCCAGACCAGAAGAACAAAUGGUCUUGGAGGUCAGAGUGGGGAAGGAGGCCAGGAUUGGUGACCCCACAACUCACAGGUUGGGGCUGGCCCUACUGAGGAUGUUACACCAAGAGUAGUGGCCCCAGAAGCCCAGGCGAUGGUUUUGGACAUGUCAGGAAUUCCUAGAGGCUGAAAGAGUGUUUCCAGAUGAGGUCUGAGACUCUGACUGCCUUUUAUUUUGGGGAACAGAACCAAAAAUCAAAGAGCAGAUAGUUUGGACCUGAUCUGUACAGGUACAGUACCCAUCUGCGUGCACACAGGGAGAUGCCAGACGGUGCACGGCCUGCACCAGACGCCUGGUUGGCUCGGCUCGGCUCAGCUCCGUGCAGGGGGCGCUGCCUGGCUCUGCUCAGGUAGUGUGCUCGGGGUCCCCCCAGGCUGGCUCCCUGAAAGCCCACCCAUGCACACCUCACCCCUUUGUGCGUGUAUGUCUUCUUUCACUUUAGAAGGGACAGCAGAUGUUUGUGGAAACCAGUGAGAGAGGCUUGAUGUGUUUAAAAGGCACCUCCUUGAUUUGGGUGUUUCGGUCACUUGAAAAAAAAAAGUAAUCUUAUCAAAUCCAGAAAAAAUCACUUACUGGCUUACAAAGUUACGUGCCCAUGUGUUCUGGACAAAGAUGAAGUAGAGAGGCCUCCUCACCAUUACCCCUGCACUGUGACACUUUUUGGUUGUCACCAGCCAUUCAGAAGUGGCCACGGCCUCCUGGCAGUAUUCCUGAGACCUCGUGGUGGCUCCCAGGGAAGCCCCUGCUGCCUAGCCCUCGCCGUGGGAGAGGGCGGCCCUGUGGGUGCUCCUCUGCUGGGGUCUGCCUGCUUCUCCUGUCGCUGGGCAGUGCCCUCCGCUGUCCCAGACAAUUGGUGGAGAAGUCGGUUCAGGCGGUGAUGUGAAGCCCGAACAUAGUGGUUUCCACCAGUACAGACCGAGAGACAAGCUGGCCCAGAGGGCAUGGCUGGGGAGAGUUCUCCAUCUGUCAGGAGGCCUGGCAAAAUUUGAUUUCUUAAAAACCUUUUUAAAUCUGAAGGUCUGUUGUUUAUUGUACCCUGCCCCUUGGAUUUGCCACCAGUGCUGCCUGUUUGUUCUUUUCCUUCUCUCCCUCUUUUUCUUGUCCCGCUGUGUUUGGAUCUGUAUUUCCUGAGGCUCGUCACCAGCCGGGAGGUGCAGUGCAUUUCCCCCGAGGCCCCUGCACCUGCCAUGAGGGGAGACCCUGGAAAAUUCUGUGCUUUAAGUGUGGCCUUUGGUUCCUGCUCUGUUCCCCUCAAGAGCAUGGGUCUUUGAACAUACUUUUUAAAAACAAAGAAAAAAUCUGUCACUUGGUGCUUGUUGAUGAAUUGCAAGCUGGCCUUGCAGAUGGAGAUAUUUAUCUUUCAGUUUAUUUGAAAGAGGUCUGGUUUAAAAUUUUGAGCUUAGAUUUGUUUUAUUUAUUUGUGUGUGUGUGUGUGAGUGUGUGUGUGUGUGUAUUUUAAGGGUGAACACACCAGCCCAGUGGUGCAGCUGUCUGGUCAGUGCAGGGAGUGAGGGGCAGCCCGCGCUGCUUUGACUCCUCUGUGACUGUCAGAGGGCCCCGAAGUCCCAACAGAAAAUUAAGAUUGGUGAAGGGGGUUGUUUCCUUCCCUCCUCCUACCCCCACUUUAUGUUUUGACCAAGGGAUGUUGUCUUCUUUGCUUGCGAGUUAAGAAACUUACCACCCAUGGGCUCCAUUUGCCUAGUUUUAUCAUGGAGAUGUCUUACCCUUCAGAAACACACUUUA